AAAAACUGGUCCAUUCACUACAGCUGACAAAGUAUAUCCAUCUUAUAAAAAUCUGGCUGAAACAUGGAAAAGCAUACAGCUAGAAGGUCAUUUGCUAGAUUUUCACAUCAGCUUAUUUCAAGAACUGAAAAAAUUUUCAGAGCUUGCUAAAUUGAAUGAAGUUAGUUACAAUAUCAGAAGUACCUCUGUCUGAUAACAAUGACCAUACAGAAUAUGAAGAAAUUAUCAUCAUACAUCCAGAUGACGUUAAAAACUUUGAACAAAUUACUUUAGAAUAUCAAGGGUAUUGCGCUUGGUUUUGUACUACAGGAGUGCUUUUACCUUCAAAGAGAUACUUAGGAAUUGUUAUGUAUAAAGGUUUAUGCUAUGGAUUUUCAAGCGAAGAGGCAAUGGAAAGUUUUAAAGUGAAACCAAAUGAAUGCAUAGCAGCAACAAGAAAUUAUAUGAUGAUUAUGCCAGAAUUUAUUAUAACUUUAAGAAUGGAGGCAUUAUUUCAGCUUCCAAUUAUAUAUCUCAUGGAACUGACCCAUUCACAGAUGAUGUAUAUGAUGCAGUAUUGGUGUAUAAGACGCAUUCCGUUUUUCAGACCUAUUUUCAAAGAAAAAAGUGCAUCUUAUGCGCCGGCAAAUACGAACAAUAUCAAAUUUCUUCAAGUAAGGCCAAUUUUUAUAUCUGAUUGUUCAGUUCAAACAAUUCUUCACCCAACAGAAACAAAUAUUGACUACACAUAUAACUGGAAUCAGUGGAAUCUUCGAAAACAGGCUAUAAAAUACGCUGAUCUUGUUAACAGAAGAACUCAUUCUACCAAACUAAUCCAGUCACUUCAGAAGAGAAAAAUUAUAGUCAGUUUACCUUCCCAAAGACAACUGGACUCAAACAAGAAGAGAUACAGGGACAACUAUGUGCAGAACAGGGAUGCCAGAACUAUACAGAGUGAUAAAAAAAUCAUUUUUGUAAAUUGAACAUAAAUCUGUAAUUAAAUAUGCAAAUAAAAAUGUACUAAUUCACAAUUACGAACAGAUGUAUAAAAGUGUUUAUGCACAAUUUAUUACAUAUUGUAUUGUGUUUUAAAUGGAAUUUUCAAUGCAAAUGCUGUCAUGAAUCUAUGGAACAAACUAUUACAUUCCUAUCUACUUCUGGCAUGAUUGCUUAUUAUUAAUACUAUGCCUUUCCUCUACUUCUUCAAAAAAAAUUUAACAUUAUUAGAAGUCUUUCUUGCAGGAUUAUUAGUUUCUUAAUAUUUGAAGUAUUACAGGGUUAUUAUGUUUAGUUCCAGCAGUUUGGACUUUUAAUUCUGUAAUUUAAUAAAAUGUUUGUAACUGAUUAUGCAAUUGUAAUUAAUAAAAAGAAAAUCAAUUAA